CAAAGUUCAGCACAUCAUGGACGAGAUGAUCUCCACAGAGCGGGAGUACGUCCGCUCCCUCAGCUACAUCAUCCAGCACUACUUCCCCGAGAUGGAGCGCCUGGACCUGCCUCAGGACCUGCGCGGGAAGCGGAGCAUCAUCUUCGGGAAUGUGGAGAAACUGUGGGACUUCCACAGCCAGUACUUCCUGAAGGAGCUGGAGGCGUGCGCCCACUCUCCGCUGUCCAUCAGCAGCUGCUUCCUGAGACAC